CAUUGACGCGUACAUUUAAAGAUUUGAGAUAUACGCAACAACGCAGAAAUGGAAUAAAGACACGUGGGGGACUCAUCUUAGCGCAUUACUCAAAGGAAAGGCACUGGAUGUGUUCGCAAGACUCUCACCCGAAACAGCACUUGAUUUCAACGAGUUGAAGAACGCCCUGUUGAAACGAUUUGACAUGACGGAGGACGGUUUCCGCAAGAAGUUCCGAUUUUCAAAACCAGACGGAAGUGAAACUUUUAUGCAAUUUUCUACCAGACUGGACAGUUACCUUGAGCGGUGGAUUCAGCUGUCUAAGACUAACAAGACAUUCGAUGAUCUGAAGGACUUGUUCUUACGUGAACAGUUUUUAUUGUGUUGCUCGAAAGAACUUGCCUUAUUCCUAAAGGAGAGGAUUCCUACUUCGAUCCAAGACAUGGCGCGAUACGCGGACCAGUUUGCUGAGGCCAGAACAGUGACAUCCUCUUCACUUACGCAAAAACCGCUCUUUGACAGACGACAGCAGUCCGAUAGACAACCGCCGUACAAAGAUUCCGUGCAACAAAACCAAUCUGGAAAUGCAGUGAAGUGUUAUGAGUGCGGACGACAAGGACAUAAAGCCUUUAACUGCAACUUCCGCAAAAGUCCGAAUAACAGGCCGUUUAAUUCGAGCGAGAAACAAGAAACAACACCGAAACAUACUUACCCUAGUGAUUUUCAACGUGGGUCGUACAAUAAUGGGAACCAUGGAUAUCCAGGACGCGGUAGAGGUCGCCAAGGAGCCGCGAGUGUCGUCGAGAAACAUGGAAACUUACCGUGUGUUGGUGAUUCGGUUGCUUUCUGUGAAACGGAAAUGCCAGUUGUGAAAGGAUGUGUUGGCAAUAAACUAGUGACUGUGCUAAGAGACACAGGUUGUAGUGGUGCCGUUAUUCGUAGAGAACUGGUAAACGAUGAUCAACUAACAGGGACAUCUCAACGAUGCAAGUUAGCAGACGGUCGUAUUAUUGAUUCAGAUGUGGCUAGAAUUGAUGUCGAUACUCCUUACUUUACCGGAAGUGUUGAUGCUUGGUGCUUUGAUUCGCCUUCGUACGAUCUUAUUCUUGGUAAUAUUCGUGGAGUAAGGAAACCACAUGAACCAAAUCCAGCCUGGAUUCAUUCCGUUGAAAACAUAGCAGCUGUUGAAACGCGUGCGCAACUGAAAAAGAAACAGUCUCCAUACAAACCAUUGAAAGUACCGGAAGCAAUACGGGAUGUAUCGCCGGAGGAUAUCUUACAAGAACAACGAAACGACGAGACACUGAAAAAGUUAUGGAGCUUAGCUGAGAGUGGACAGCUUAAACAUUUCAGUGACGGCGGAUUUUCAAAAAUGUGUGAACGGAAGCAAAUGUUGUUCAGAGAAUUUUGCAGUCCCAAAGUGUCCAAUGGAAAACUUUUCCGACAGUUAAUCGUUCCCCGGAAAUACAGAACUAUCGUUAUGAAGAUAGGACAUGAAACGCUGAUGGGUGGUCAUCUGGGAUCAAAGAAAACAACCGACAGAGUAGUGUCCGAAUUUUACUGGCCAGGAAUUCAGUCAGACAUUAGACGGUUUUGCAGAUCAUGUGACGUGUGUCAGCGGACUAUUCCGAAAGGAAAAGUACCUGCAGUACCGUUAGGACAUAUGGACUACAAGAUCGAUAUGGGAGGCAAGCUGAAAACUUUCCACGCAAAUCUUCUUAAGAAGUAUGUUGAACGAGAUACAUUGAACUGUGGUGUUUUGUCAACAUGUGCAAUUUCACUCAUAGACUUUAGUGACCUAGAUGAUGAUGAACAACAGGACUCUAUUCUUAUGCCACCUGUUACUCAAACCGAAACAGCAAAGGACAUAAAGUUUGCAGACAGACUAACACCAGAUCAGUUGGAAACUGCUAAAUCACUGUGUGAUUCGUUCUCAGAUGUAUUUACGGAUAUACCUGGAAUGACGAACUUAGUGGAGCAUAAGAUUGUUGUGACAUCGUCUGAACCUGUGCGUGUGAAACCAUAUCCAAUUCCGUUCAGUACAGAGAAAACAAUUACAGAAGAAGUUCAGAAAAUGCUACAGUUGAAUGUGAUUGAGCCAUCAUCUUCCCCUUAUUCAGCUCCAGUUGUCAUAGCUCGGAAGAAAGAUGGAACGAAUCGAUUUUGCAUUGAUUAUAGACGACUGAACUGUGCUACGGUAUUUGAUGCAGAACCAAUGCCCAGUCCAGAAAGCAUAUUUUCCAAAAUGACCGGAAAGAAGUUUGUGUCAAAGAUAGACUUAAGCAAAGGAUACUGGCAAGUACCGAUGGCUGACGAGAGUAAGCCGCUUACAGCCUUUUCCACACCAUCCGGAUUGUACCAAUUCAGGACAAUGCCGUUUGGUCUUGUAAACGCGCCGGCAACAUUUAGUCGUAUGAUGAGAAAACUACUUCAAGGUAUGAACGGCGUAGAAAACUUUAUCGAUGAUGUCAUUGUUUUUACAGAUACCUUUGAAGAACAUCUACACAUACUGAAGACUGUGUUCGAACGACUCAGAGAUGCGGGACUUGCGGCCAGACCGACAAAAUGUUUCAUCGGAUUUGACAAGAUUGACUGUUUGGGACAUAUGGUGGGCAACAAGUGUCUAGAACCAGAACAGGACAAGAUUGAUGCAGUCAGAAAUGCGCCAAUACCACAAACCAAGAAACAGGUUCGUGCCUUCCUAGGCUUAGCAGGAUUCUACAGAAAGUUUAUUCCGAAUUUCUCUGCGAUAGCCAUUCCACUUUCUGAUCUUACGAAGAAGGGCCAACCAAAUAAAGUUAUUUGGACUGAAAGUCAGCAACGAGCUUUUGAUACAUUGAAACACAUGUUAUCAGAAAGGCCAAUAUUGAAGUUGCCAGAAUUUAAUGAAACCUUCAUUUUACGCACGGACGCUGCAGAUGAUGGGAUAGGUGCUGUGCUGUUACAGAUGGAGGAUGACGAGAAACUACCCGUAGCGUACGCCAGUAGGAAACUUCAACCAAGAGAAAAGGCAUACGCUGUUAUCGAGAAGGAGUGUUUGGCGGUAGUGUGGGGAAUACAGAAGUUCCACCUGUACCUUUAUGGACGCGAGUUUCUACUUGAAACUGAUCACCAACCCCUGACCUACCUUAACAAAGCAAAGACAGAGAACUCCAGACUGAUGCGUUGGGCUUUGCAGCUUCAGCCAUACCGCUUUAGGAUCAUUGCAAUCAAAGGAAGCGACAAUGUGGGUGCGGAUUACCUGAGUCGUCAGUGAGAUGUAUAGUAGACAGUACAGGUAUGUAUAUAGGUUUUAUUGUAAAUACGUGAGAAUUUUCAAAGUUCAGUGAUUGUUUAUUUGAAAUUGCAGGACAAUUUUUUAAGGGGGGAGGUGUGUGACAAUCACUGUUCAUAUCGAACACACCCGAUUUUAUUUUUCCCAUAAUUCUUUGCAACGUGCUUGGCCGACGCUAACAAUAGGCGCUAAGUGAUACCCGGCCAAGCUGUCCAGCAAUAAAGACGUGCUUAGUGUGUGAAGGGGGUAUCGUGUUAGAAGCCUGUGUGGCAUGUUUUAGUUUCACAAGUUCAGCAUUUGACGCGGACACGGAUAGCUGACCGUGUGUCAUAUUGUUGAUG